CAACCUCCAAUGUCAUUCACCAACUCUGAGUUGCGCAACUUCCCUUCCAACAGCAUCCCCUCCAACGAGUUGAACUAACUCACUACGAGAUGGCGAGCGUAUGUUGCCCAAGCAGUUGUAAAUUGCUGGAUGUUGACUGAUGCAAGGCCCUCCCCAGCAUGGCGUACCCCGAACGUCGCGGAUACGGAACGAGGAGCAACAGAAGCUCCAAGCACUUGACAAAAUCCAGAAAUAUCGCGACCUGGAGGAGCAAUUGCGCGCCCACGUAGAAAAGAAGGACUACUCGGGGGAAACUUUCCAGCUUACCUCAAAGCUCCUUAGACUGAACCCAGAAUACUACACCGUAUGGAACGUCCGCAGGCGCGUGCUUCUCUCCGGUCUAUUGUCCAGGGCGCAGGGUGAGCCACGAUCCGCGAAGGAGUCACCGGCCUUUUCCGCUGGGAAGGAUGGUGCGGUGGCCGAUACUGGCACCGGUGAUGUCGCGACUUCAGGCCGGGAUGGGGAUGAAGAGACGAAGAACACCGACCAGGACAAGAGCGCGGACAAGGCAGCUGCAGAAAACGACUUGAACCUCGUUCGGUCCGAACUCGGUUUUACGAUCCCGCUCCUCAUCGAGUCUCCCAAGUGCUAUUGGAUCUGGCACUACCGCACAUGGAUCCUACAGCAAGCCAUCGAGCGCCUGGAGGUGUCGGAAGCUCGGCGGGUCUGGGAGGAGGAGUUAGGUCUGGCGUCAAAGAUGCUCACCAAGGACCGGCGCAAUUUCCAUGCCUGGGGUUACCGACGGCACCUAGUACGGAAGCUUGAGAGCCCCGAGCUAGAUGGCAAGAGUAUGGCCGAGGCUGAGUUUGAGUACACAUCCAAGAUGAUCCGUGUCGACCUGUCAAACUUCUCAGCCUGGCACAACCGUAGCAAGCUCAUUCCACGGCUGCUAGAUGAGCGUGGUGCCAGUGACCAGGAAAGGCGGACUUUCUUUGACGAAGAGUUGAGCCUCGUUCGCGAAGCUUUAAAUGUCGGCCCUGAAGACCAGUCGCUGUGGUAUUACCACCAAUUUCUCGUGCUGAAUCUGACCAACUUUGUCGGCCGCCCGACGAUCACGCCAAACUUCACCGCUGAGGACCGCGUGACGUAUCUGACGAGAGAGAUCCAGGACAUAUUGGACCUCCUCGAAGAUUACAAGGAUAUCAAGUGGAUCUACGAGACACUCGUUGAGUACACGUUAUCAUUGUGUCAGCUUGAGAACCGAGAUCCGCAUGCUGGCGAGAAGGCCGACAUCCAAAAAUGGCUCUCAAAUUUGAAGGUCCUUGACCCGAUGCGCAACGGUCGGUGGCGUGAUCUGGAGGAGGACCUGCAGUUGAAAUGAUCCCAAAGCAUCAAACAGACGAGACAUUUAAUGCCAGACCCAGCUGAAAGCUAUGCGUUAAUAUCAACGAACGGUGAAGGGUGCAAUCCCGUGCAUGACAGGUAGGCAAUAUGGCAUAUUAGCAUUAUUAGGCUCUCCGACAUCUAAGUCGUAUUACACUGCAAUCGAGCCAUCGCAUUUCCCCUUGACGAGACUCGCUCCCUCUCCCGCCAGCCCAUCAAAGUAAGCCAGCAGAGUCUCGACAGGGACCAUAUCCAUGACCCCCAGGCUCGGAUUCGACGACUUGAGCACCUUGCCGCCGAACAGCACCCGCACAUAGUAUCCACCAUCACCGCCCGUUGUCGC